CUUCGGCGGGGGCUUCGACGCGACGACGGGCUUGCAACAAGAAAAGCGAAGCAGACAAAACGUCGCACACGAGUUGCUUUUGUGGCUCAGAAACGCAGCGGCUGCCAAACGAGUCGGUUGCCUUUUUUUCAAAACAAUUUUUUUUUUUUAUUUUGGGAAAAAAAGCAAUUUAUAUACGCGACGAGGAAUUCGAAGCGAAGACUCGACGCGACUCGCACUACUGUUUAUUUAUUUUUCAAAAAGAAAACAACAGAAAUUUUUUUUAUUAUUAUUUUCUGUCGAAGCCUAAAUGAAAGUGCAGCAGUAAUUGUGAUUGGUGAACGUGACUCGUGAUUUGUGAGCGUAAAUGAAAGUGUCGAAAAGGUGGAUUCUUGAUAAAGAAGAUGAUGGUGAUUGGCAACAAGAUGUGCUGAGCGCAAUAGGCGCUGAGGAAGACAACGCUUAGGGAUAGGCACUGAAGCCAGAGCUCACAAUUGAAGCGGCAUAAACAACAUAACGAGAAAGAGAGGGAUAGAGAGAGAGAGAGUGAGAGUGCAAGAGAGUGAGAGAACAAACGAACCCUUCAAUAUGGUUGUUGUGCCUGCUCUAGGCGCUGCCGCUGUCUCGGUGGGCGGGCUGCUCUUUAAGGCGAGCACCGCCUCGAAGGCGGCUGCCACAGCGGGCGUGGCCGCUGUGGGCGCCUCUAAAUUGGGCCUGGCCAUCGCCUCGGCGAUCAAACUGACCACCGCUGUGGUGGGCGUCGGCAAGCUGACGAUUCUGCCAUUCCUGAUCGCCGCCAUAGCGUACUACAAUUACGAUCUGUUCGAUCCGGAGAAUCGGCCCUUCAACGUGCCGCAGGUGGAGCUGGCCUACGAUUUCAUCAUCAUUGGCGGCGGCUCGGCGGGCACGGUGCUUGCCUCGCGGCUGUCGGAGAUACCACACUGGAAGGUCCUGCUGCUGGAGGCCGGCGGCCAGGAGACGGAGAUAUCGGAUGUGCCGCUGCUGUCGCUGUAUUUGCACAAAAGCAAAAUGGACUGGAAGUAUCGCACGCAGCCCCAGCCAACUGCCUGUCAGGCCAUGAAGGACAAACGCUGCUGCUGGACACGCGGCAAGGUGAUCGGAGGCAGCUCCGUGCUCAAUACGAUGCUCUACAUACGCGGCAAUCGGCGGGACUUUGACCAGUGGGCGUCGUUUGGCAAUCCCGGCUGGUCGUACGAAGAGAUUCUGCCCUAUUUCCGCAAGUCGGAGGAUCAGCGCAAUCCCUACCUGGCGCGGAACAAGCGCUACCAUGGCACAGGUGGCCUCUGGACGGUGCAGGACGCGCCCUACAAUACGCCAAUCGGCCCGGCCUUCCUACAGGCCGGCGAGGAGAUGGGCUACGACAUCGUCGAUGUGAACGGCGCGCAGCAGACGGGCUUCGGCUUCUAUCAGUUCAACAUGCGUCGCGGCUCACGCAGCUCGACGGCCAAAUCAUUCCUGCGCCCGGCACGACUGCGUCCCAAUCUCCACGUGGCGCUCUUCUCCCAUGUGACCAAGGUGCUCACCGAUCCGCACACGAAACGUGCCACCGGCGUGCAGUUCAUCCGGGACGGACGCCUCCAAAACGUUUAUGCGACGCGGGAGGUGGUGCUGGCAGCGGGCGCUAUUGGCAGCCCGCAUCUGAUGAUGCUCUCCGGCAUCGGGCAUGGCGAUGAGCUGACCCGAGUGGGCAUUCCAGUGGUGCAGCACCUGCCGGGCGUGGGCCAGAACCUGCAGGACCACAUUGCGGUGGGCGGCAUCGCCUUCACCAUUGACUACCCCAUCUCGAUUGUGAUGAAGCGCAUGGUGAACAUAAAUACAGCGCUGCGCUACGCCAUCACGGAGGAUGGACCGCUCACCUCCAGCAUCGGCCUGGAGGCUGUGGCCUUUAUCAAUACCAAAUACGCGAACUCCAGCGACGAUUGGCCCGACAUGAACUUCAUGAUGACCUCCGCCUCGGUAAUGUCCGACGGCGGCUCCCAGGUGAAGACCGCCCACGGCCUGACCGAUGAGUUUUACCAAGAGGUCUUCAGCGAGGUGAACAAUCGCGAUGUCUUCGGCAUCUUUCCCAUGAUGCUGCGCCCCAAGAGUCGUGGCUACAUAAAGCUCGCCUCAAAGAACCCGCUGCGAUACCCGCUGCUCUACCACAACUACCUCACCCAUCCCGACGAUGUGAACGUGCUGCGAGAGGGCGUCAAGUCAGCGAUUGCCGUGGGCGAGACACAGGCAAUGAAGCGCUUUGGCGCACGCUUCUGGAGCAAGCCGGUGCCCAACUGCAAGCAUCUGACCAUGUUCACGGACGACUAUUGGAACUGUUUCAUCAGGCAGUACACGAUGACCAUAUACCACAUGAGCGGCACGGCCAAAAUGGGGCCGCCCAGCGAUCCCUGGGCCGUGGUCGAUCCCCAGCUGCGGGUCUAUGGUGUGCCCGGGCUGCGUGUCAUCGAUGCCAGCAUCAUGCCGACGAUCACCAAUGGCAACAUACACGCACCCGUCGUCAUGAUCGCCGAGAAGGGGGCCGAUCUCAUCAAGCAGCUGUGGCUAACUCCCACCACCAAGCCAACGGAUCAGCAAUGGCGCUCGAAGCGCUCCCUGCCGCUCGCCGGCAACGAGACACUGGCGGAUGCAGUGCGGCAAUGGCCAUUGCCAAGCUCGUAGCUCGAGUGGGCGAUGUGUGGCCCGGGCCCGGGGCACAGCUAAAAGCUCACUGACAGCUGGUCAAAGUGGCAGACUAAGCCUAAGACUAAUCUUGUAGAGUCGACACACAGCGGGCAAGACAACCUAACAGUUUCUGUGAGCUCAAUUGCAAGUAGUCAGUGCAAUUUAGCUUCACUGUAGCUUAAAUGUGUUUUCUCACUUUCAUUUCUGUUUCACUCUCCACUAAGAAGCUUUCAUCUUGUAGAUUUAUAUUAUUUCUGCUGGUUUUUAUCAGCGACUUUCAUCAGUAAUCCCCACUCGAACAUACUUAGACUCUUGUAACAUUCCUAAAGCUAACUGUCAGUUUCCUCUAUAUUGACAAAACGUUCAUUUGUAUAUCCCGUACUUUAAUAUUACAUUUAAAUUUUAAGCUUUAAGCAAAAGCUCAGCUCAGACUUUAAUCCUUUGCCAAACUUCUGUAUACGCAUAUACAUUUUGAUCAUAGACGCGCACUCCAAAGCUCAUUGAGUUUGAUUUGAACAAGAUUAAUCCAAAGCUCUGCUCUGCUACUUUAGGCUUUAGUAUAAUUGGAGCAAGCUGUGUAACUGGGUUUAGCUUUUAGUUAGUUAAUUCUCGUCGCGUAUCUAAUUUAUUACACUUUAGUUCGCUUUGCAGCUCCUCCCUCUGUGCGUCGUCCUUAGUCACAUAAGCGCUUCUUGUAUAUAUCGAGUCAUUUAUGCUAAUGCGUUUUCUUGUUUGUUGUGUACAUAUGUACAUAUAUAUAAAUAUAUAUGUGUGUA